GCCCCGGGAGGAGCCCGGGCGCGCGUGGUGCCGCCGCGGGAAGAGCCUGAAGGACGAACCGGCUGCUCCCGCCCCGGUUGCCAGGGAGAAAAGGGAUUUUUUUCUGAGCUCUGAAGAAACUAGAAACUGACUGAUAGAGCCUUCAUUCAAGAUUUCCCUGUGAAAAGAAAACUGCAUUGAUGCCAAUCAUAUAAGAAACGUGGAGUCCUGAAUAAACAAAGAGAAGAGAGUUAAGCACACAGUCUGUAUUGUGAACACUUACCCAGGGGUUAAAAUGGUGAGUGAAAGUCAUCAUGAGGCCCUGGCAGCACCGCCAGCUACCACAGUAGCAGCAGCCCCUCCAAGUAAUGCCACCGAGCCAGCCAGUCCCGGAGGAGGGGGAGAAAAAGAAGAUGCAUUUUCUAAGUUGAGAGAGAAGUUCAUGAAUGAACUGAACAAAAUUCCACUGCCACCUUGGGCCUUAAUAGCCAUAGCCAUAGUUGCAGUCCUAUUAAUCCUUACUUGCUGCUUUUGUCUCUGUAAGAAAUGCUUAUUCAAAAAGAAGAACAAGAAGAAGGGAAAGGAGAAGGGAGGGAAGAAUGCUAUUAACAUGAAAGAUGUUAAAGAUUUAGGGAAAACCAUGAAAGACCAGGCUCUUAAGGAUGAUGAUGCUGAGACUGGGCUGACCGAUGGGGAAGAGAAAGAAGAACCCAAAGAAGUGGAGAAACUAGGGAAAAUCCAGUAUUCUUUGGAUUAUGACUUCCAGAACAAUCAGCUUCUGGUUGGGAUUAUUCAAGCAGCUGAGCUGCCUGCAUUAGAUAUGGGUGGUACAUCUGAUCCCUAUGUGAAAGUUUUCCUGCUGCCUGAUAAGAAGAAGAAAUAUGAGACAAAAGUCCACAGAAAGACCCUUAACCCGGUUUUCAAUGAGCAAUUUACAUUCAAGGUGCCAUACUCCGAGCUGGGUGGAAAAACUUUAGUGAUGGCAGUUUAUGACUUUGAUCGUUUCUCCAAACAUGAUAUCAUUGGGGAAUAUAAGGUUGCAAUGAACACAGUGGACUUCGGUCACGUCACUGAGGAGUGGAGGGACUUGCAAAGUGCAGAGAAGGAAGAGCAAGAAAAACUGGGUGAUAUCUGCUUCUCCCUCCGUUAUGUGCCUACUGCUGGCAAACUGACUGUUGUCAUUCUGGAGGCAAAGAACCUGAAGAAGAUGGAUGUCGGUGGACUAUCAGAUCCCUAUGUGAAGAUCCAUCUGAUGCAGAACGGUAAGAGGCUGAAGAAGAAAAAGACUACAAUUAAAAAGAACACUCUGAAUCCCUACUACAACGAGUCUUUCAGCUUUGAAGUACCAUUCGAGCAAAUUCAGAAAGUGCAAAUUGUUGUGACUGUUUUGGACUAUGACAAGAUUGGCAAGAACGAUGCCAUUGGGAAAGUCUUUGUGGGCUACAACAGCACCGGAGCGGAGCUGCGGCAUUGGUCAGACAUGUUGGCCAACCCCCGGCGGCCCAUUGCACAGUGGCACACCUUACAGCCCGAGGAGGAGGUAGAUGCCAUGCUGGCAGUCAAGAAGUAAAUUAAAUUAAAUUAAAUUAUGAAGAAGAAAAAGAAGAAGAAGAAGCCUUUCUGCAUUUGCCCACAUAGUGCUCUUUAGCCAGUAUCUGUAAAUACCUCAGUAAUAUGGGUCCUUUCAUUUCCAGCCAUGUGUUCCUGACACAGAUCAGUUGUACUUUUAAAUUCCCGUUUUAAUUUGCACAAAUUUAAAUGUAGAGAGCCCUCUAAAGGCGCUUCAUUUCACCACUGCCCUCCCAGAUCUACUCUUCUUUUAAGCAAUAUGAUGUGUAGAUAGAGCAUGACAGAAAUUAUUUAUUGUAUCACACAGUUGUAUAUAUACACCAGUAUGCUGAGAAUUUAUUUCUAGUUUGUGUAUUUGUAUGUUGUAAGCGUUUCCUAAUCUGUGUAUAUCUAGAUGUUUUUAAUAAGAUGUUCUAUUUUAAAUUAUGUAAAUUGACUGAGAUAUAGGAGAGCUGAUAAUAUAUUAUAGGGUAACUAUUGUAUCGUCUGCAUUCCAGAAAAAAAAUUCCAACUUGUAAGGCACUAGUAGUGUUACACUGACAUCUUAAAGGACAACUUAAAUCUGAGCUUUCAACUGGACCAUCCUAACAACACGCUACGCGUCCACAGUGAAUCUUGGAGGGGCAAAUCCAAUUGGGUAGACUUCUUUCACAGGUAACUUACUUAGUAUGAUCUGAGCAGCUCCAUGGAUGACCUCAAGGAGAUGUAGCCAGAAGCCAGGAUAUAAUUUUUUUGUAUAUAUUCCAAAGCAAACACAUAACAGACUGAAAUGGCUUUAGAUUGAAAGUUGAGGAAGCAGUUCCAUAGGAGGCAACGAUUUCAUCUAACAUACAAAGUAAGACCAUUGCAGAGGUUGU